AUGGGGAAGGCGUCGAGAAGGAAGCAACUGGACGAGCAGCGAAAAAAGUUCUUUGCUGUCCACGGCGAUGGUCGCAGCGAACAGGACCGGGCAAACGCUCGGGUCAUGCUUGAUGCGCUGCAAAAGAAACUGGAGGACGAUGCUCUUCGAGAAGAUGGAAAGUUGCACCUAAAAAACGAUACAUAA